UAGACAUUCUCUGGUUCAACCUAUGUGUUCGACCUCCGUGGAAAUGACACUUCACGAAGUUCUUUCUUUUGCUUGUUACAUGUUUGAUAAAUGCGUGUCACUGUAGCCUACUUUGGACGAAGGCAAUGCAGAUAUACACCAUGCAUUCUAAAUCAAGACUUCUAUUGCCAUAAUGCCAUUUCUUGGAUAGGGGCAUUGAAACUAUUUCCACGUGUCACAUUUGCAUGGAGAAAUUUAUUGCCAAGGUUACAAAAACAUAAAUGCAAGGAAUAUAAUAGAUAUAUGCUGAGCGAUGAGGUGUUGGUGCAUUUUCAUUUAGUGGGUAAUCGGGCACGACCAGAAGGACUUUGGUACGACCUAAAUGAGAUGAAUCAAUGAGUUCUUGGACCAUUGUCGUGUGGGUAUGGUAUAACCAAAAUGAGAUGGACGCAUGUAGGUGACAAUAAUAUGAAUGAACGCCAGUAUGAUUUCGGUAUGUAGCACUCCAGUACAGGAGGUGGCGGUAAGAGAUGACUUUCAAAACGUCAUUGAAGCCAAAGAAAAGAAGAAAAUUAUUCAGCUAGCUAGUUGCACGCAUUGGCUUCAUAUCGGGCUAGUAGUAUACAGCAAGUUGUAACUGUCACUAACAAAGUAUCGGAGAAAGGCUACAAUAUGUCAGGGGCAUUGGCAAGGCUUUUAUUUUAUCCGACCUUAGCGUAUAAUGUUAUAAUGGAGAAAAUAACCUCCAGGCAAUGGUAUAACCGUGUGGAUCAGACUGUUAUACUGGGAGCCCUUCCUUUCAAAUCAAUGACAGAGGAGUUGGUACAGACAGAAAAUGUUACAGGAGUGAUAACAAUGAAUGAGGAGUACGAGACUAAAUACUUCUGCAAUUCAUCUGAGGAGUGGAGGGCGGCUGGGGUUGAGCAACUCUGCCUGAGCACUGUUGACCUCACAGGUGUGCCCACAAUGGAGCACCUGCAGAGAGGUGUGGAGUUUGCCCUGCAGCAUCGACAGCAAGGCACCAGCGUGUACAUACACUGCAAAGCCGGCCGAUCACGCAGCGCCACUGUUGCCGCUGCUUACCUCAUCAAGCUUCACUGCUGGAGUCCUGAGGAGGCAUGUCGCACGUUGGCAUCGGUGCGGCCACACGUACUGGUGCGCUCCGCACAGAGGGAGUUGCUCCUGCAGUACUAUCAGCAGGUCUGUGCAUCUGGCUCCAGCUAGAGGAAGGAUGGAGGAGCCAAAACCAUCCCAGUAGAGAAAAACAGCUUGGUUAUGGGGACGCACAAAAGAUCUAAUAGUUGUUUUUAUAUUGAUGAAGACAUUUUUAUACUCUGUCAUA